AUUGGUUUUUAUUAGCUUUGUUUCAUAUUUUCCAUGCUAAAUGUUUAUGGUUGUAUUACAACAUAAUUGUUGCUAUCAGGAAGUUAUGGACUAGACAAGAAUGUUGACACAAGAUCCAAAUCCUCCACUACCUGUGGAAUUCUGGAACAUCCUUCACAACUCCAUAAGUGCACUUUUAAAUAAUGGUACAAAGAUUGUGCCACAACUGGAUCAAAUAAUUCAGCCUUGUAAAAACCAUCACGAGUAUUAUGUGCCUCCUAAACUCGGCCCUCCGGCGGAGUAUGAAGCAAAACUACCUCACUACAUUGGAUUUACAACAUGGCUUCUGGCCCAGAUUGCCCGAGCCACCACCUUAGAGUCAUUGGAAUCUCAACAAACUCAGCUGGUAGACUGGCAGAUCUUGAUCAUAGAGUCGUUGGCUUACAGGAACCAACACAUGUUUUCCAUCAUACUAUCGGAAUAUUUGGUAGCAAUCAAAGAUUUGGUGGAAUCUCGAAGUAAAGAAGAAGUUCCAUUUGAGUUUGUCUGGUUCCGCAAAGCUGGUGUUGAUAGUCAACCCCCUCUUGAUAAGUUCAUCUUGCGCAGCAGACGUGCGUGUGCUGUUCUCCUUACUCAUCUUCUCAAGGUGGUAAGAAGCCACACGGGUAUGUUGGCGUCUUGUCACCCCACGGGCAUGUUUGAUUAUUGGUCUGCAUUGUUGGCACUACUGGGAGACUCGGACAGACAAGUUUGGUUGGCAGCACUGGAUUCCAUCAGUGUCAACAUAAAGUGCGACGGAUUCCCCCGAACCUCCUUAAUGGUAUACAACCUAUGUGAGCUACUGAAUGUCAGGUUGAGUGGUACAGCUGGCUGGAGUGGGGAAGCUGGGAAGGCGAUGCUUGUAUCGACUGACACCUUUUGUGAAGCUGCUCUCUCCCACGUCAGUGCGGCUGAUAAGAGAGCUUUGUCCCGCCUCUACCUCGGGCUUGUUGCCCUGCUAGACCAUAAGAAGGUGGUUUUGUUUGCAGGAGUUUCGUCAAGAAGUUACUGUAAGCUGAUAGUGUUGCUGUUCAAGAUAUGUCCAAUGUCUGUUGAUAUAAAAAAGAAAGUACAAGCAGUUUUGGAUCAUGCCUCCAAUUUCCCUGAUAUUCUAACUAUUGUCCAGGCCCUUGUGUGGAAUGAUGUACAACCUCACUUAAAUAAUCCAGAAAAGAGUCGGGAGUGCUGGGAAAUCAGUAGUUUGUGGAAAUCUGUGUUGGAUAUUGCUGCAAAAGCUGUAGAAAACAUUAUUAACGGAGGACAGUCUGCUGCAAAUGUUGUAAAACUUACAAAACUACUAUCAGCUGUUGCUCUCAGUGCUUCUAACAUCUCUCUUCAGCUGAGUCAGUCCUCCUCGUCAUUGGUGUUUUUUGGAAACAACUUCUAUGUAAAAUGGAACAAACUUAUACGGGAAAUAGAUCUUAAUGUUAUAUAUCUGGAAGUUGCUAAAACAUCAAAGUAUCUUGCAUCACUUGGCGACAUGUCCAUGAUCGAUUUGCGAGAAGCGAACAGUCUUUUGGCAUUUCUGUCAAUUCCAUGGCUCCACAAAAAUAUCGGAGCUCAACUGCCUCUAGUCGACCUGUCACCGUAUCGAGUCAUGGCGAAUCUACAAAUUUUUCUUGAUGAUCCUGGUGUGAAGAGCCACUCGCUGGAAGGUCUGAUGGUGAUGGUGUUGUGUGGCAGUCUCAGCCUAGAUUGGAGGCUGGCUGUAUUCAAACGAGCUGAUGUUGAGAUAGACAAGGUGUGUGCAAUGCUGACGACAUUACCAGUCAACGAACAAAGCUUAUGUGUUACCAGCCUCGUGGACCCCUUCUUCUUUCAAGAUGACAACUAUAGCACCCCAGACUUUGCCAGCAAAUUCCCAACAAUCGUCUGCUGUUUGGCUGGCACUGCUGAGUUAAUCAGACAUGACACAACAGAUGAGGAACUAACAGUUCACUGCAGGGUUUGUGAUGGUAACACUAAAGAUACCAAAUUUAUUGAAGAUUCCCUUGCCACAGCUAUGCUUGAAAGUUAUUUGAAGCUUCGUUUUGUCAAGUGCCCCUCGGUGAGAAAACAUGUGGCGUCUUCUCUGAAGAGGUGGAGCAAACAUAUACCUGAGCCGAUAUUGAGGCAGGCCGUAGACAAGUGGUUGAGAUACAUUAAAGACGACAACCAUGAUGUCAGAAUGGCAAUGGCUGAAAAUGCAGCACAUCUCGUGUCUGCAGACUCAACUGCGAGUUUCAUUGCACGUUACAGACAGGUGAUGCUGGCACUGAUCCAUAAGAGUUUCUCUUCAGCGGAUUGCCAUCUGCAGCUAUCCUUGAUGACUACAGCGUCCAAUGUUGGAUGUACCCUGUUUGAAAAUGUUUUACUGCCGACAUUAGAGAUGUUCGUGGCCUUUGUCAGUCAUCCACAGUCAAAACACGAACUGCCCGGUCUUGAACACUUGAGUAAAAUUGCAGCUGCGAGGGAUACAAGUGUCCAAGAUCUGUUCUUUAGGUUCCAAGAUGAAAUUUUUAAGUAUUUCACAAUUAUGUUAAUCAUAAACUCUCUGGAAAACAAUGAUCAUUGCACUUCAAUGUUGGUUAAACUGGCCAGGGGGUUUAGCUUCACCAACUCAAAGCAGCUGUGGGACCUAUCAGGUGUGAAGUACUUACUCAAGUACUUGCUGCCUCUUAUAUCUCAGGACCCCCGAGCCAAGAACAUGUUGACACCCAUCACUGCCACCACUGGAACUGAUGUCACCAGUGUACUGAAGGACUCAUUUGCGUAUGUUUACUCACACGUUUUACUUUUUGAGGACAAUAAAACCCAGAAUUUUGUUCAUCAGCUGAUAGAGGGAUUCGCCGGAGUGUCAAUUCAGUCUUUGAUUUGUUAUUCUUACAAGGUUAUCAUAUGUGAACUGUUGCUGUAUUACCACAUGGAGAAGACCAAAGUUACAGAGGCUUUGCGUUCCUUGAAAGAUUGUGACUUUGGUGCUUCGUCUUCAGCCUCGGAAAACUUGAUAUUCUCUAGCAACAGCAAGAAUGACUCCCCCAACACUGAUAUUACACAGUUCCUCCAGCCCAGGUUCCUGGCAGUGUUGGCCUACUUGGACAGUAUCCUGGUGACUCAGUCCUGCAGUGAGCAGACCAAGCGUCAUGCUCUGCUCACUCUGCCAGAGCUCAUCAAGCUGUAUGUAACUACUAAUGUUAUUGUUGUGCAGACACAGUUCCUCCAGCCCAGGUUCCUGGCAGUGUUGGCCUACUUGGACAGUAUCCUGGUGACUCAGUCCUGCAGUGAGCAGACCAAGCGUCAUGCUCUGCUCACUCUGCCAGAGCUCAUCAAGCUGUAUGUAACUACUAAUGUUAUUGUUUUACAGACACAGUUCCUCCAGCCCAGGUUCCUUGCAGUGUUGGCCUACUUGGACAGUAUCCUGGUGACUCAGUCCUGCAGUGAGAAGACCAAGCGUCAUGCUCUGCUCACUCUGCCAGAGCUCAUCAAGCUGUAUGUAACUACUAAUGUUAUUGUUGUACAGACACAGUUCCUCCAGCCCAGGUUCCUUGCAGUGUUGGCCUACUUGGACAGUAUCCUGGUGACUCAGUCCUGCAGUGAGCAGACCAAGCGUCAUGCUCUGCUCACUCUGCCAGAGCUCAUCAAGCUGUAUGUAACUACUAAUGUUAUUGUUGUGCAGACACAGUUCCUUCAGCCCAGGUUCCUGGCAGUGCUGGCCUACUUGGACAGUAUCCUAGUGACUCAGUCCUGCAGUGAGCAGACCAAGCGUCAUGCUCUGCUCACUCUGCCAGAGCUCAUCAAGCUGUAUGUAACUACUAAUGUUAUUGUUGUACAGACACAGUUCCUCCAGCCCAGGUUCCUUGCAGUGCUGGCCUACUUGGACAGUAUCCUGGUGACUCAGUCCUGCAGUGAGCAGACCAAGCGUCAUGCUCUGCUCACUCUGCCAGAGCUCAUCAAGCUGAUGGGUGUCCAACAUAUAACCCCUGUCAGAUUCAAAGUGCUUGCUACUCUGCGAUAUGCCCUCAACCUCUACCACAGCUACUAUCCACAAACUAUCUGCUUCGCCUGGCGUGCCUUUGUACAAAAUGUGUCGUCGUUGGGUCCGUUGCUGAGUUCUAUCUUUGUGUCGCUGUUGCCACUCCUGGACCAACACCCCGUGGAGAUCUGCAGCGUAUUCCGCAUACUCGUGGUGGACAACCUGGAGGCAGUUAGAGACCAUCUCGCCGAGCUUUACUUCCUACCAGACACCCCGGCGACUCAUCAGUAUUACACUUUGGUGCAAGCGGAGCUCGAGAAGCUCAGAAAGUUGCCAGUGAAGGACCAGUUGGCUGUAACGUUGAGACUGGCAACUCACAAGAACUCUGAUGUUCAGCUCCGAGGACUUCACAAGCUGCGGGAAGACCUCGCAUUUCACCGAGAGAACCUCGUACCUCUCAUAUCAGCUUGUGAUAACAUUGAUCCUUUUAUUCUCCAGCUACUAGAGGCGCUGUUGUCAGGAUGUCAGGACACAGACCCUGAUGUGAGACUUGCCAGUGCUCAAUGUCUAGGAGAGUUGGGCGCACUCGACCCUGGACGUCUUCCAAACAAGUUCAAAGUUGAAGCCGAGGAGAAAGAAAUGUUCGUAAUCAGCAGUGAAGCGUUUGUUUUACGAGCACUCAACGAAUUCGUCCGAGCUUUCCAAGCUGCCAGUCAUACCACCACGGUGGAUGUUUUUGCAUUUGGAAUUCAGGAGCUGCUGAAGAUGUACAAAGUGCCGGAGAGUCAAGUGUGGGAAAAGUUGUCGGACGCCACUAAGGAGAUCAUCUCUCCGUUCAGGGAGUCUCGCUACAAGCCCUCAGACCAUACAGACCAAAAGACUCACAUUCCCCACCCUAUAUAUGGCACCGAUUUGUGUUCAUCACUGAAAGUAUGGGCGUGGAACUGGGUCUCGCGUCUGAUUCCCUCUGUCACCGACGAGUUUGUGAGGAAUGUGUUCUCGGUCUGCUUGCUGGGUCUCAAGAAGGAUCUGCAGUCAUUGUUGUUCUUCCUUCCGUACAUAGUUUUGCAUGCUAUACUGGGAGCCACAAAGUCUGAAAGUCGUCGUAUCGGAGAGGAGAUCUCCGCUGUGUUGUUCCACCGCGGGGAGGAAGACCAGCCAACACCUGAAACUUGUCGCAGCAUCCCCUCCACCGGAUCCCUGCAGAGCACUAAGUGGACACAAGAUGGCAGUCACACUCACGCUCUGUGUGCCAAGACAGUCUACCAACUGUUGGACUUCCUCUACCACUGGCUGAGACAGAGGAAACAGCAGAUAAACCCCAGUGAGGAGUCAACUCUAGCAGACCAGUACCACAAACUCAGGGAAUUUUUGUCUACUUUUUCCAAAAAGGACAUUGCAGAUGGAUCGUUCAGAUGCAAGGAGUACACUCGAGCACUGCUGUUCCUUGAGGACUAUAUGAAUGAGAACCCUGACUUGGUACAAAGUUAUCUGCCUUAUUUAGGGAAAAUCUACUACCACCUCAACGACCCGGACAGUUUCAAAGGCAUCAUUGCCAUCAGAGAUGAAGAGCCGACCGCGCAAGAGAUGAUUCAUUAUCACAAGCUCACUGGCCAGUUGCAGGAUGCUGCAGCUUGCUAUGAGAGGUUGGUACAACUGCCAGACUCUGUGUCUAACGAAGACGAGGACUUCUACAAAGGCAUGGUGCAGUGUUACCUUGGCAUGGACCAGCCCUCUACUGCUCUACAGCUUACUCAGGGGUUCCUCAAUAGCAUGGGCAAGUGCAGUGACAUGGUGGACGAGCAGGCAGAAGCCAUGUUGGCGUUGUCCAUGUUCCCGCAGCUGGAGCAGCUGUUGACGAGCACGGGUGCCACUACGACGGACGGGUGGGGCACAGCGCUGGGCCAUGCAUUGUUACACCUGUCUCGAGGCAAUCAAGACGAGAUGGUGGCCGGACUGGACCACAUCAGACAGGCGUUGGUCCGCAAUUUGGCUGGGUGUUCACUCACCAAGAGUGCAAUAGGGUAUCGGCACGGCUACGACGUUGUGGUCAAGCUGCACAUUCUCACUGAACUGGAAAAAGUAGGCCAGAUGGUGUUCAAGAUGAAGGGGCGGCCAGUCCAGGAGAUGGAGAGCAUGUUCAGACAGGUUGUUCAGAAAGAGCUAGACGACCGGCUGAAGGUUGUUCAGACAUCAUACAGAGUGCUUCAGCCGAUCUUGGGUGUGAGAAGGGUCGUGUUGUCACUGGCCAAGGACAUUGACCCACAGCUACAACCUCUAUUCACCACCGAGAUCGGAAACAGCUGGCUCAAGAGUAUUGAAAUCGCACGCAAGUCAGGCCACUUCCAGCAGGCCUACACCAACAUAUUGACAGUGGAGCCAUUCAAGCCGAAGGGACUGUUUGUGGAGAAGGCUCGUCUGUUGUGGGCCAAGUCUGAGCCUGAGGCUGCACUCAACACACUCAAGCGAGGAGUCGAACGCAACUUCCCCAACAUGGACACAGAUCGCUCAGGCAGUACACAGAGUUCUGACGAGAGUCUGCAGAAAGACGAGAGACGAUUGUGUGCCGAGGCAUAUCUACUUAUCGCUCAGUACAACGAUGAGAAUGCCAACAUCGACAUGGACACCAACCUGAGGAACUACAAGAGAGCAGUUGCCGUGUGUCAGUCGUGGGAGAAGAGUUAUGUCAGUUUGGCCCAGUGUUACUACAAGUGCCUGCGUUCUUCUACACAGCUCUCACAACAGCUUGAAUGCCAGGUCCAACUGAUCAACAUGUUCGGCAAGUCGCUGCAGUACGGUUGCGAAUACAUCUACCAGUCCAUGCCACGGAUGUUGAGUACGUGGCUGGACUUUGGCACUCAGCUUGCGCAGGACACAAGAAAGCCUCGCGGUGUCGAGGGCAUCUCCGAGCGCAAGGCCGCUAUGAAUAAGAUGACUGCACUUGUUGAAGCGUACCGCAAGCGGCUGCCGACGUACAUGUUCAUGACAGCGUUCUCUCAGAUUAUCUCUCGCAUCUGCCACCCUCAAGAUGGCUGCUAUGAGAUACUCAAGGCUAUCAUCAUCAAGAUCAUCAUCGCCUAUCCUCAACAAGCUCUCUGGAUGUUCCUGUCUGUUUAUAAAUCGCCAUACACAGUGCGAGUACAGCGAUGUGAGGAGGUGCUCAAGUGCAGUGAAAUACUCAAGAAGAAGGAAUUGAACCAAACAAUCAAUGACUUCCGAGACCUGUUCAACCGCCUCAUCGAGCUCGGCAACAAGAACGUGGAGGGGAGAUGCUCGAGUGUGAACAUUAAAACAUUCUACCGCUCACUGUACAUGCUGGUGUCUAACCCUAGGCUCAGCAGAAUUGUGAUUCCGUUACAGCGUUUCCGCACUAUCUCCCUUCCACGCACCACGGCCGAGUACCACAAUCCCUUCCCCGAAGAUCUGGUCUACAUUGCUGGUAUGAAGGAAGAGGUAGUCAUUGUUCCGUCUUUGCAGAAGCCUAAGAGAAUUUCUUUGAUUGGCACGGACGGAAAAAUUUAUUCAUUGCUAUGCAAGCCAAACGAUGACCUGAGACUGGACUCACGGAUGAUGGAGUUCAAUUCUAUCGUCAACAUGUAUCUCCAACGUGACCCCGAAGCUCGGGAACGAGGAUUGUAUAUCAGAACUUAUAGCGCAGUUCCCUUGAGUGAUAGCAGCGGCAUCAUCGAGUGGGUGCCUAACCUGCUGGGCUUGCGACACAUCCUCAACUCCGCCUACAAACAGAUGGGCAUCACUGUGACACACAAGGAAUACAAGGAGUGUGCUUGUGGGAAGUCAGACCCGCUGUCCAAAAAGCGAGCUGUCUUCCUGGAGAAGCUGCUGCCGAGACACCCGCCAGUGUUACGAGACUGGUACUUGCGCGAGUUCAGUCACCCUACAGCAUGGUACCUCGCACGGACUGCCUACGUCCGCACCUUGGCCGUCAUGAGCAUCGUGGGCUACAUGCUGGGGUUGGGCGACAGGCACGGUGAGAACAUACUGAUCGACUCAACGUGCGGCGACGUGUUCCACGUGGACUUCAACUGCCUCUUUAACAGAGGCGAGCGGUUUGACUUUCCAGAGAAAGUUCCAUUCCGUCUGACUCACAACUUGGUGCACGCGAUGGGUCCCACGGGAGUGGAGGGGAUUUUCCGUCACUCGUGUGAGAUCACAACUCGAGUGAUGAGACAACACAUGGACCAGCUGAUGUCAGUGGUGCGGCCGUUCUGCUAUGACCCGCUGGUCUCGUGGAACAUCAACAAGAACACGCGAGAUGAGAAUGCAGAGAUGACCAAUGAAAAGGCUAUGGAUGACAUACAAAACAUCGAGAUGCGAUUACAAGGGAUUGUCAAAACCAAGAACGGUUCGUACUCGGUCCCUCUGUCUGCCGAAGGGCAGGUCCGGAUAUUGAUAGCAGAAGCAACCGACAUCAACAAUCUCUGCCAAAUGUACAUCGGCUGGGGUCCUUACUUGUGA